UGGGGUUGCCCAGAACUCUUGGACAUAUACCCCUCUUGCCUUUACUAAACUAAAUGUUUCUUCAACUUGAGAUGCUUCCCCUUCAUUGAAACUUAUUUACUCUUAAACUUUGCAAUAAUUUCACCCAUACUCUUACAUCAGCCAUGUAUGACAGUAUGACUGUUUCUUCAUACCAACCUAAUUUGAGAGAGUCUUGUGGCAAUUGUUAUUCUUGAUUAUUGAUUCAACGAAAUUUUCUGCUCACAAGAUGAUAAUUAACAUGAAAGAGUCGACAAUGGUGCGGCCAGCCGAGUCUACACCGGAGCAGACCCUAUGGAUCUCUAACGCGGAUCUGGUGGUGCGAAGAAGUCACACUCCCAUUGUCUACUUCUUCAGGUCCAAUGGUUCUGCCGACUUCUUCAACCUUCAUCUCCUCAAGGAGGCUUUGAGCAAGGUUCUUGUUCCUUUCUAUCCCGUCGCCGGAAGGUUGAACGGAAAUAAUGAGGGUGGUCGGCUCGAGAUCAACUGCAAUGGCAAGGGCGUCUUACUCGUUGAGGCUGAAACAGGUUCCACUAUCGAUGAUUUCGGAGACUUCUCUGCUACUCAGGAACUCAGGCAGCUCAUUCCGGUGGUGGAUUACUCCCAACACAUCUCUUCUUAUCCUCUCCUUCUGUUACAGGUAACUCGAUUCAGGUGUGGUGGAGUAUCUCUUGGAGUGGCAAUGCACCACUCCCUGGUGGACGGAGCUUCCAUUAUCCACUUCAUCAAUUCAUGGUCUGAACUGACACGUGGCCUCCAACUCAAAAUCCCAUCCUCAUUGGAUCGAUCCCAGCUACACGCGCGUCACCCACCCACACCUGCCUUCCACCACAUCGAGUAUCUUCCCCCUCCAUCCAUGAAAACCCCCACAUCCCAAUCCGGUCCCACCCACGUUGCUGUGGCCAAGCUCAAGAUCACCGUUGAUCAAAUCAACGCCCUCAAAGCAAAGGCCGAAGAGGAUAGCAACACACUCAACUACAGCUCCUACGAAGUGCUCGUUGGACACGUGUGGCGCUGCGUGUGUAAGGCACGUGGCCUCUGUGAUGAUCAAGAUACCAAACUCUACAUGGCCGUUGAUUUGCGGUCCAGGCUGCGGCCCCCACUCCCUCAGGGUUAUUUCGGGAAUGGAACCUUGGUAACUUCACCCAUUGGCGUGGCCGGUGACCUCCGGUCCAAGCCUCUGGCGUAUGCUGUGGGAAGAAUCCAUGAUCAGCUGAUGCGGAUGAACGACGAAUACCUCAGAUCAGCCAUUGAUUAUUUAGAGUUACAACCUGAUCUGACGGCCCUCGUACGUGGGGCCGAUACAUUUCGAUGCCCUAAUAUGGGGAUUGUGAACUGGACUCAACUACCAAUAUAUGAUGCAGAUUUUGGAUGGGGCCGGCCCAUAUAUAUGGGCCCAGCUACUGUUCUCCAUGAGGGUAUGGCAUAUAUCCUACCCAGCCCAGCCCAAGAUGGGAGCGCCACAUUGGCCGUUUCAUUGCAAUCGGAUCACAUGCAACUCUUUGAGAAGAUAUUCUACGACUUUAAGGGACUAAGGAUAUGUUAUAAUUAGUUAUUUAACUAUGUGUUUUUAGCAACAAAUUAUUUUUGCAAAUCUUGUUUUUUGUUCCAGAGUGGCUCCAAAAUUGAGUUCAAUCAAAUUAGUGGAUGCCAUUUGGGUGUA